CACCACGCCGCCGGGGUAGCACAUCGUGCCUCUCUCGACGUGUGCGCUGAGCAUGUUGGUCGUCCGCGCAGGGAGGUGGGACGCUGGGCGGAGGGCGCGUUGCCACGGAGGCACGGAAAGAUGGGCGCGGGACGGAGGGCGCAGGGACGGAGGUAAAUACAAGGCAGGGAACCGAAAGGGCAAUCGCGCUAGCGAAGCCUCUGCGCUGCCAACCUUGCCUUAUUCUCCCUCCGGCUCCUCCACGUGCCGCCCGCAGCGUCGCCUAUAUACCUCCCAGUCGCGCUCGCGUUCCUCCUUCGCCCCUGCCCCGUCCGCCCUCGCUUUCCUUUCGCUUCCUCCUCUCUCGGUCCUCCACCCGCUCCCGUCCCGAACAUGGUCAACUGGACGUCCCCGGAGGAACUUGCGAAAGACAGAGUGGGUUAUGUCAAUGUCACCUUCGCCUUCUUCGGCCUGUACGUAUGGGAGGUCUUCCAGACCUCGGACUUCGAGUGGGCUGUCUUGACUCGUCGUCGUAAAAUUCGAUGGCACUGGGUGAUGUUCCUCUUCCUGUGCCGUUACUGUCUCAUCCUCUCGGUCUCCGGGUUGAUGGCAUCGUUCUCCGUCAUGAAGGGACCGAUCAACUGUCAAGCGCUAUACACCUUCAUUGCUUGGGCGGGCAACAUGUCCCUCAUGUGCGCCUCGACCGUCCUCGCGUUUCGCACCGUUGCGGUGUGGGAACGCAAACUCGCAGUCGCCAUUCCUCUCGGUGUCCUGGGCCUUGGACUUUGGGCACUCCUCUGGCGCGGCAUGUUCAUCAUGACUGCUGAAUACGACGCGACGAGCCUAUCGUGUGUCGUGACGACGACGAAGCGUACUUUCCUGAGCAUCACAUUCUGGGCGACGAUGGGCUACAACCUCGUCCUUACAGUGGUCCAUACCAUCGGGCUCAUGCAGAGGGAUCACGGCGCAUCGUUGUGGGAGAUGCUGUUCGAGGAUGGCCUGCUCUGCUACAUUGUUGCUUUCGCUGCCAACGUUCUCCCUGCUGUACUCAGCAUCCUUAACCUGAAUCCCGUGAUCAAUGUCAUCUCGGCCGUCCCUGCCGCUGCCAUGACCGCUAUGGCUGCGUGCCGCACCGUAACCCGCCUCUCUGAGGUUGGCGAAGAGGACGAUCUGUACGUGCACAGCGCGACGCAAAUCUCCGUUGUGCGGCCGCCGCCCCAAGCAGCGCUUCGCUUGCAAACUAUGAAGAGGGCACGCUUUCCCCCGCGCCCCGAAGUGCACGUUACGACGGACCACAUCGUCGUGGAGGACUACGAGUGCGUGCCCUCCUCUCGUACUACCCCCAUCCCCUCUCGACCCUCCGCGCCCAGCCCUGAGUCUGCGUACACCUCGCACAGCAAGCCGCCAGAGCUCACGGACGACAAGUCGGAGACGGAGCGCGGAUAUGACGCCGUCUAAGCACCGCCCCAGCCCGCAUCCACGACGACGACCGGUAGAAGACAAAGACACAGACACGCCACGCCCCAGCCGCAACGCACGCCCCUCGAUAUCCGCUACGUUAAUAAUACCCCGCCGACGCGCGCGGUCGCCCGUCGGUAAUACGCCGUCCCGCCUCCCUGCUCGUCCGCCCUCCCGCCCGUUACCCCCCAGCCGUGUGCCCUGCCGCUUCUUACUACUGUACCAUCUUGCGCCCAGCCGGAAAGAGUGUAUAUAAUAAGUGCCGAGUAGUAGUAGAUGAUGCCUUCCAGGCGGAGAAAUACCGGUCGGGAAAUCCUUUCAACAGUACCAAUACAUGGACGUGGAGUCGUCCUUUCGCUCGUUUAGCACACCGCUUUUGCAAUCUAUGCAUUCGCCGUCGUU